AUGUCGAUAUUGUCAAAUCAAAAAUGUGUACACAGCCAAUGGUUAGCACUGUCACAGCUCAGAGCUCUCAACCUUCAUUCAACCCCAGUGCCACAACCGCAGCUCCCAACCUUCAGUAUUCAAACUCCACUUCCUUGCGAAGGGGAUUCUUCAAAGAAGGUGAAGGGAUGGAAUAUUUUGGAGGAGGAUUGCUGUAGUUGGGAUGGUGUUUCAUGUGACCCUGCAACCGGUUAUGUCAUCGGACUCGACCUCAGUUUCAGUAUGCUGUCCGGUGAAAUUUUUCCCAUUUUCAAUCUUCACCAUCUUCAAACUCUCAAUCUUUCUUGCAACUAUUUCGAAUUCACUCCAUUUCCGUCCGGGUUCGAGAAACUCAGGAAUUUGACUCACCUUAACCUUUCGCAUACUAGUUUCUCUGGUCAGAUUCCUGUGGGGAUUUCGAUGCUGACAAGGUUGGUGUCUCUUGAUCUUUCAACCAUAUUCGAUUUUGUAGAGUUAAGAAAACCGAGCCUUGAAUGUUUUUUUAUGAAUCUGACUUCUUUAAAAGAGGUGUAUCUUGAUGGUGUAGACCUCUCAGCUCAAGCCUCUAAUUGGUCUCAAGUCUUAUCCUCUGCAUUGCCUCAUCUUCAAGUUUUAAGUUUCUCCAACUGUCAUCUCAAUGGUCCAAUCCACCCUUCAUUUGCAACACUAAAAUCUCUCUCUUAUUUGCAGCUUAGCUUUAAUAAUCUGUCUUCUGAUUUUCCAAAAAAUGUGUUUCUCCUUCCAAAAUUGAAAGUCAUUGACAUCUCCAAUAAUCACCUUCGGGGUGGCCAAUUUCCAGAGUUUCCCAAACACACCUCUUUGCAAACCAUUUCACUUUCUCAAACAAAUUUUCAUGGAGAAUUGCCCGAGUCCAUUGGAAAUCUUCCGUCACUGAAAAUUUUAGAUAUUUCUAGCUGCAAUCUCUCGGGUUCAAUCCCAUCGUCACUAGCAAACCUCACAAGUAUUGUUAAGUUGGACAUUAGUGAAAACAGAUUCAUUGGUUCUUUACCCCCAUUUCAUAGUACAAGUGUACCAAAUCUCUCCUACCUUGACAUGUCAUCCAAUCUUCUUACGGGUGGAAUUCACUCGUCUCUUUUCACGCUACCAUCUCUGGAAUACUUGUUGCUAGAUGAUAACAAAUUCAGUGGUGAACUUGAGGACUUCUCUAAUACAUCUUUCUCUGUUUUAGAGAGUUUGGAUCUGAGUGACAAUCAAUUGAGUGGGGUGGUACCUAAAUCAAUCUUUCAACUUCCUAACCUCACUCAUCUAUCAUUGCGCUCUAACAAUUUUAAUGGCAGUGUGAAAAUUGAGAUGCUGCAGAAUCUCAAGAACUUGACAUUUUUAGAUCUCUCUAACAAUAGCUUGACAGUUGAAGAAAAUGAUGAUGAUAGAAACUUUCACUUGCCUCAGCUGCAAUAUUUGUAUCUACACAAAUGCAAUUUAUCUGACUUCCCAAUUUUCCUAAAGAGCCAAGUAAAACUUAUAGAUCUUAAUCUUGUAGAUAAUCACAUCCGAGGUUAUGUUCCCAGUUGGCUGGGGAACAACACUCUCCAGUUCUUGGACCUCUCUGGAAAUCCAUUAGAUUUUCUAGAGCCAUCAUCAGCUCAGGGAAAUAAUUCAUUUGUGUCACUAUACUUUCUAGGGAUGCAUUCAUGCAAUAUUUCAAAGUUCCCACAGAUCUUGAAAGGCAUCCAUGAUUUACAGAUUCUUGACCUUUCUGAUAACAAGAUAGAAGGUGAAAUACCAAGCUGGAUAUGGAAGAAUAAACUUCGAUUUGUGAAUAUUUCUCACAAUUUUUUAUCGGCCAUUAAUGAAUUUUCCUCAAAUAUUUCUUUAAACGUUCUUGCCCUUUAUCUUCAUGGAAAUCGUAUCAAAGGAUCUCUUCCAUCCGGAAUAUGCAAUAUGGGCCCCCUGAAAGUUCUUGAUGCAUCAUAUAAUAAUUUGAGUGGUUUGAUCCCGGAGUGUCUUGUCAAGCUGGCAAGUCUAUCAGUUUUGAACUUGAAAGGAAACAGAUACGAUCAAAUGCCUUCUAAUUUUACAUGUGCCUAUAAUAAUCUUCGCUCUUUGAAUAUAAAUGGCAAUCGAUUGAAAGGGGAGUUGCCUAGAUCACUGGCAAAUUGCAAAAUGCUAGAGAUUCUUGAUUUAGGAAACAAUAUGAUAUCUGAUACUUUCCCAUUUUGGUUGGAAAAACUCCCUUUGCUUAAAGUUCUUGUCUUGCGAAACAACAUGUUUUAUGGUGAGGUGGAGAUUCCUAGGACAAAGUUUGUGCUACCAAGCUUACACAUUAUUGAUUUGUCCUCCAAUAAUUUCACGGGAAAGUUGUCUAAAUAUUUCUUGCAGAGCUUGAGUGCAAUGGCUAUGAGUGGGGAACACAAAUCACAACUCAGCCUCAUCGGAGAGCAUGAUGAAUACUAUCAUGAUUCAGUGACCAUCAUGAACAAAGGAUAUGAGAUGGUGUUGGUUGAGAUCUUGACCAUAUUUGUGUCUUUGGAUCUAUCAAAUAACGAGUUUCACGGAAACGUCCCAGAAGAAAUUGGUGAACUAAAAUCACUGGUUGUGCUCAACCUAUCACAAAAUGUGUUUGAUGGGCGAAUUCCAAUAUCAUUGGGAGAGUUAUCUCAACUUGAAUCUUUAGAUUUCUCAAAGAAUAAAUUCUCAGGGACGAUUCCUCCACAGCUCACCAGUCUAACAUUCCUGGAAGUAUUGAACAUGUCUUACAACCAACUAGCAGGUCGCAUUCCUUUGGGUAACCAAUUCAAUACUUUCACGAAUAGUUCUUACAUUGGAAAUACAGGAUUGUGUGGAAUCCCACUCUCAAGGAAAUGCAAUGAAGAUGACGCACCGGUAGCACAGUAUGAUGAGAGCUUAGAAAGUGAAGAAGCCAUGUUUGAUUGGAGGUUUGCAGUUGGUGGAUGUGGGUUUGGAUUGGUUGUUGGAUUAACAAUUGGUUUUGCAUUCUUGGCCGAAUGGAUUAUUAUGUGGUUUGUAAAGCAGAAAAAGAAGAAGCAGCAGCGAAGAAAGAAGAAGAAGAAAGCACAGUUAACUGUCCAAAAAUUGAGAAGAUAG